AUGGAAAAUGACUUAACAUUUGUUUGUAUCAGUGAUACUCAUUGUUACAAUAUUCCCCUACCUCAAGGAGAUGUCUUAAUACAUUGUGGAGACUUUACAAAAAGUGGAUAAAAAGAAGAAACAUUAUCUUUCAUUUAAUGGUUGAAGAAAUAGCCAUUUAAAUAUAAAAUCGUAAUAGCUGGAAAUCACGAUAUAUCUAUGGAUACAGAAAACUAUGAAUCGAAGCUUAAAUAAAUACAUCAUAAAGUUUGUAAUUUCGAUGCUUAAGAAUUGCUUUAGCAAUUAAAAGAUAAUUGCAUUUAUUUGGUUAAUUAAUCUGUUAUUAUUGAUGGAAUAAAAAUUUGGGGUAGCCCUUAUUCAUUAGAAUUUUGUGAGUGGGCUUUCCAAAUAAAGAAAAAUGAUUCUGAAUAAUUUUGGUCUUAAAUAGAAAAAGAUAGUGAUAUUAUUGUUACUCAUGGUCCUCCUCUUAAUCAUGGUGAUUUAGUUAAUAAUUGGGGAAUAAAAAAAAAUGUUGGAGAUGAGGAAUUACUAAAACAAGUAUUAAAAAUAAAGCCAAAAUAUCAUCUUUUUGGACAUAUACAUGAAGGAUAUGGAAUAACAGAACAAGAAGGAGUGAAAUUUAUAAAUUGUUCUCUUGUUAAUAAGAAUUUGAAAGUUUCAAACGCACCUAUAAUUUUUAGAUUGCCCAAAAAAUAAAAUAUUUGA